GACAACGUCGAGUGUUCGUGGUAAUCACAAAAAAAUGAAAACAGUGGAUUAUUAACUCUACAGUGUUUACAAUACAUUGUUUUGCACAAUUAUCUAUUAUUAAAUAAAAAAAAAUUAAUUUACAAUUCUUUUAAUACAGUGAUAAUUGUCGUAAAUUACUGAGGAAUUAUUUAAUGUUAAUUUUUCCAAGUUUUCAUGUCUGUUGAAGGUGAAUUUUUUAUUACUGUAACCGGUGCCAUCGAGUUCGCCGAGUUUUAUGAUGCUGAUAAUUUAUUCUGCAAGUAUGAAUAUCACUAUGGUCCAGAGUGGACUGUCGUUGGCGGUGUCGAGGAAGGUUUAACUCAGAUGAGUAAAUGCAGUAAUGAUGCUCGACAUUUAGCGGUUUGGAACUUCCCUUUGAAUAUUGCUUUCAAAAGCACAAAUCCACACGGAUGGCCACAAUUAAUUUUAUCGAUGUAUGGAUUGGAUCUUUUUGGACACGAUGUAACUAGAGGAUAUGGAGUCUGUCAUGUGCCGUUAACUGCGGGUCGACACGAUAAAAAGGUGCCAAUUUAUGUUGUCGAAUCAUCUUCAGUUGCUCAGCAAUUUUUGGCUUGGUUAACCGGAAGAAGACCGGAAUUGAUUGAUCCUUCGAUACUGGCUGGCGGUGAUGGUCGUGAAUUGACACGAAUGAAAGUUCAAGGAUCACUUGCUGUUUCGUUUAACGUCAUGUUAAAGGACUUUUUCAAAUUGGGUUACGAUAAUGGUGAAAAGAGAAAUAGGUAAUAGAUGAAUUAUCACUAACGAAUAAAUCCAAUUUCUUCCUGUAUAACAUUUUUUUUUAAUGUAAAACAAAAUAAAAUUGUCUAAAAACAAGAAAAGAUAAAAUGAAUCUAUUUAGAAAUUACUUUUCUACAAAUUAAGUAAUUUAUUUAAUACACUGUAACAAUUGACUCGAUUUACAUAAAAGUGGUAUCACAGUAGAGUUAUAAAAAUAACGUAACACUUUUAUACCGCUUAAUGGAAAAAAUACUUAUAUUGUGAUAUAAUUUCUAUAAAUAUAUCUGUUUAUAAAUCUAUUUUUGCCGCAGGACCGCGAAUAUAAUUAUUUUCAAGCAAAAAUAGAAGAAAAUUCAUAUUAUAGUCGUCAACGACUAUUAUGAAAAACCAGUUUUCAUUUUUCUUUUAAGAAGAAUUGUAUAUUCACAAAUACCAUAUUUACCAUAAAUAGAGACAUUCACAAUUAUUGUCAACUAUUCAUAAUAUCGUACGUUAAUUAAUUGAUCUAAAAUUAAAUAUCAUAUUUCGAUCAAAAAGCAUUUAUCGAAAAAAAAUACCUUUUGACGUCGUUAAUAUUUUAAAUUAAUAAUUAUAGGUAUGAAAUAUUUGCUAAAGCAUCAAAAUUGUCGGCAAUUAUUUUCU